AUGAGUCCUCUUUCUGUAGCCCUUGGCAUCAUGUCAAAGCCGAUCGUUCAGCUUCCACCACAGAAGGUUGCCGUGUUUGGCGGCGGGUCGUUCGGGACGGCGAUGGCCGUUGCAGUCGCCCGAAAUGGGCAUCGCGUUGCCAUUCUGGUCCGAGACGCUCAGGUUGCCAACGAAAUCAACACCCAGCACACCAACUCAAAGUACAUUGGCGAUCUGCCACUGCCCCACAACGUCACUGCGACUACAGACAUUAACGAAGCGCUGGCCGGCGUCAGUUUCAUCUUCCACGCCAUCCCGGCGCAGACGACCUUUGACUUCCUCGAGCACCGCAAGACGGUUAUUCCCGCGGACGUGCCAAUCAUCUCGACAUCCAAGGGCAUCUCGACCGAGUCGCUCAAGCUCAUGAGCGACUUGAUCCCCGAGGCGCUCGGUCGCACCAACCAGCCACUCGCCUACCUGUCCGGCCCUUCCUUUGCCAAAGAGGUGAUUCAAAAUCUGCCCACGGCAGUCGUUGUCGCGUCCGUGGCAACCGAGGUCGCCCAGCGUGUGCAGUGCCUCAUGUCCUCGACCACCUUCCGUGUCUACACGACCGACGAUGUCACUGGCGUCGAGGUUGGCGGCGCACUCAAAAACCCGCUGGCCAUCGGCGCAGGCGUCAUCCACGGCAUGGGGUUUGGAAACAACGCACUUGCCAUUCUUGUGACGCGCGGCUGCUCUGAGAUGAAAAAGCUUGCCAUCCAGCUCGGAGGCAAGCCCGAGACGCUCGCUGGGCUCUCGGGUUUUGGCGACCUGAUGCUGACCUGCCACUCGGCCAUGUCCCGAAAUCGCACGGUCGGCUACCGACUCGGCAAGGGAGAAACGCUCCAGGCGAUUCUCGCGUCGAUGGCCGAGGUUGCAGAGGGUGUUCCGACCGCUGGCGCGGUUGUGCGGCUCGCAGCGCGCGAGAAGCUCGAUCUGCCCAUUUUCAAAGCCAUUGGCGACCUGCUCGACGGCAAGCUGGCCGCCAUGCAGGCUCUUGAGCAUCUUAUGACGCUGCCCCUUCGUGCCGAGGAUUGA